CUCAUGAACUGUAUCCACGAGGGGGCGCGCAUCGAGAAGGCUUAUGCACAGCAGCUCACCGAGUGGGCUAAGCGAUGGAAGCAGCUCGUGGAAAAGGGUCCACAGUAUGGGACCGUCGAAAAGGCCUGGAACGCCGUGAUGUCGGAAGCGGAGAAGGUGAGCGAGCUGCAUCUCGAAGUGAAGAGCUCCCUGAUGAAUGAGGAUUUUGAGAAGAUCAAGAAUUGGCAGAAGGAGGCGUUUCAUAAGCAGAUGAUGGGAGGAUUCAAGGAGACCCGAGAGGCAGAGGAUGGAUUCAGGAAGGCCCAAAAGCCCUGGGCGAAGAAGCUCAAGGAGGUAGAGGCGUCCAAGAAAGCAUACCACGCCGCCUGUAAGGAGGAGAAGCUGGCCAUGUCCCGGGAGAACAACAGCAAAGCGGAUCCUGCCCUCAACCUAGAGCAGCUCAAGAAACUCCAGGACAAAGUAGAGAAGUGCAAGCAAGACGUGCUGAAGACCAAGGAGAAAUAUGAGAAAUCCCUGAAGGAGCUGGACCAAGGGACCCCCCAGUACAUGGAGAACAUGGAGCAAGUGUUUGAACAGUGCCAGCAGUUUGAGGAAAAACGCCUGCGUUUCUUCCGGGAGGUGUUGCUGGAGGUUCAGAAGCAUCUCGACCUGUCUAACAUUCCCAGCUACAAGAGCAUCUACAGAGAGCUGGAGCAGAGCAUCCAAGCGGCGGACGCGGUGGAGGACCUGCGGUGGUUCCGCGCCAACCACGGCCCCGGGAUGUCCAUGAACUGGCCGCAGUUUGAGGAAUGGUCUGCGGAUCUGAACCGAACGCUGAGUAGGCGAGAAAAGAAGAAGGCCUCAGAUGGCGUGACCCUGACGGGCAUUAACCAGACAGGCGACCAGGCCCUGUCCAACAAGCACAGCAGUAACCUUAGUGUCCAGAGUGACACAAUACAGUCAGUGCAGUCCCAGUCAAGUUACAACCCCUUUGAGGAUGAAGACGACACAGAAAGUACUGUCAGUGAGAAGGAGGACGUUAAGCGGAAAAACGUCAGCAGCUACGAGAAAACUCAGAGUUACCCAGCCGAGUGGUCCGACGAGGAGGCCAAUAAUCCCUUCUCCUCCACCGAUGCGAACGGGGACUCCAACCCCUUUGAUGAAGACGCCAGCUCUGCGACCGAGGUGCGGGUGCGAGCCCUCUACGACUACGAAGGCCAGGAACACGAUGAGCUCAGUUUUAAGGCCGGAGACGAGCUGACCAAAAUCGAGGAUGAAGACGAACAAGGCUGGUGCAAAGGACGCUUGGACAACGGGCAGGUCGGCUUGUACCCAGCGAAUUACGUAGAGGCGAUCCAGUGACCCGGGAGGAGCCGCCCCAGACGUGCUGCUUUCACUGUGGGCCCUGGACAGAUGUGCG